CAGCCAGCGAGGAAGUAAACAAUGUUCAUCAGAUUAAUCUCGAGUGUAACUGUGCGCUUCCUGGAUCUCCGUCUACGACUCAGUUCAGAGUACAGGGUGAACGGGAACAUGACAUCAGAGGCCGUGCGGGUCUAUAUUGUCAUCGUUACAGUUCCUUCUUCCUGACCAUCACUGUUCGUCUGUUUCUUUAGCAGGUGCAACUCAUCCAGACCAAGAUCCGAAUCCGAAAUCGUGAGUCCUUCGCAGUCACAAGCUCUCUUCCCGAGAGCCAGUCUCGUUUCUGUCUCGUCGAAUUUUCGGGACUUUCGGGCUGGAGAAAGGCUCACAGUUCUCUGGACAACUCGAUGGAGAGGAAAGAUGAUACUGCCUGUAAUAGGUCGAAACUGCAAUAGCGAAGAUCCACUGAAGAAAGAAGCUGCAACGGAUUGGAGCAUUUGUCCAUCCGGGGGAUAUUCUGGUCGAUUCGGAUCUCCAGCGUGGAACACAGGGUCUGUAAGCUGGGGGUGGCAAGCUUCUGUGGCUCAAUUGGACAACCUUCUGACUGACUGACCAAAGCGAAGUCUCCAUCCAUGUACGGGUAAGAGUACGCUUCCGAGAAAUACGAGACACAGAGCUAAAAGUUGGAAUGGAAGCAUUUAUGUAAGCCCAGGCACAAGCUUCAGUCAAAGCUGUCCCUGCUCGACACACACAAAUAUCUUGAUCGGCAUCCAGUUUCAGACCACACGUACUACAACAGGCAGACUCAAGGGCGGAUUCGUCGUUCCGAUAUCAGCCAUCUCAUUUCAUCUCGUGUACACCGCCAUGUCUCAGUUUCCCCUGUUUCUAGUCACUGGUGAAUAUUCUCUAGCGUGCUUGGCAUUGGAGGGAGUUCUCUUGAGUGAAUGGAUUGCCAAAUCGAAGAGUUUAUUUAAGUUCUAAAAGCGUUGACACUUCCGGCCUCCCAAACAUCAUGAAGGUUAGAGCCUGUUGAGAUCAGACCCAAGGCAAAGACUGUAAAUUCGUUCGGCUUACAACCAGGCAGUUUGCUGUUUGUACGGUGUUUUUAUUAUGUCCAACCCGGAGCGAUGUAGAUUCCAGUUUGGUGCACUGUGCUUUAUUCUUGGAGCAGUUCGUUCGUCGUGACACGGGCAGCUUUCCUGCGUGAUAUCUCCAUUAUAGAAUCUGCCGACACAAAAUCAGAGCAGAAUAUGGAAAUGCCAGGGUCAUGGAGGAGGUCAGAGCUUGUGUAAGCUUUUCCAAUUCGUGCGUUCGGUUCGUAAUCAUGUCCCGAGACGAGUUCGGACACAUGCCACUCCACUUGAGGGUUCCUUCAUAGACUGGCCAACGGCAAAGAGUGGUCGUGGUUGCGCUGGGAAGUGCUAACGCAAAACAGAGUGAUCUGGAAGACAUGAAGAUCAGAUGUGGACUGACAUAACAUGCAGGGAACUAAUGCAUUCAGCUUAACAAAGGAAAGCUGCAGAAGUACCGCAGUACAUCGACGAUGCACGCACUUUUUUCCAAGAUUAAAUUUCAAUCAUUGAACACGUAAGCCUGAGAUCAGUGCUCAGAUCCGAAAUUUAUCGUCUUCGAAAAUUCGAUUCUUACAAGAGCGACUGAUUCGAGAACUUUCCUGAAAGCUAAUGUCGUGCAAGCGGCAGAUUGAAGGAAUAGAAUGCAUUGAAAGUCUGCAUCAAUGAUGACUCUGCAAACAGUUCACAAUUGGUCAUGAAAUUCGCCGUUGACUUCAUACAAGCAUAGAUUACCAUUGAGAUACAUAGAGCUCGU